UUAGAGACGCCGUGCGCGAACGAAGCUGCGAGACUGACUAGGCCUGUGGGGUGGGGAUCGUGUACUGGUCGUGGUCUGUAAAUUUGAAUUUGGAUUGUCUAUUGCCUGCGUUCUAACUAGUUAUCAUGCCGCAACAUUGCCUAGUUCAUUGGGUAAAUGAAAGUACAUGGGAUGUGUUGCCUAUUACCAAAGUACCAUCGGAGCAUCGAUUCGUAGGCGCGCUCUCCAUGCUAACUUGGACAGAUGGAGAGGAGUAUCUGGGCAAAAUCGUUGCCAUAAAUAGUGACAUGGAUAAGAUAGAGGCAGAAGAGAGAAAAUUGUACAAAGAAAUGAAGGAGAAAGAGAAAGCAAAUCCAAGUCAGAAGAGGAAAUCAAAGGAGAGAAAGAAAGUGCCUGGCGUUGCCUCAGAAAAGGAAGUCCGCAAAGCCUUGGGUGAAAAGCCAGUGCUCAGUGGGCCACAGGAAGCUGCCAAAAAGUUAGCAAAUGCUGAGAGAAAGAAGAAAGAACAAGCCCGAAUGCUUGUUGAGAAAAGCGAAGAUGGUAAACUUCUUGAAACUGCGGUAAAGAAAAGACUUGACUUUAAUGAAGAGCAACCCAAUAAGCCUAGUAGUGAGAAACCGAAGCCUUCACAUGAUCUCAUGAGCGAUGAAGAGAUUGAUUCUGAUGUUGAACUACAAGUUGGCAAAGAUGUACCUUUGGAAACAGCUCCAGUGGACUUGCCGGCUGUCAUGCAAGUUGAUGAGUUGGUUGUGGCUAAGAAUUCAGGCAAUGAAAAUGAAGAGUGCGGGCAAAACUCAUCUAAAUCUCUGAAGGAAUUAUUUGGUAACUUCAACACCGAACAAUUCUUGCGGGCAUUAAUGACUGAAUUAGGAUUUGAAUCGGAACCUCCACCGUCUAUUACACCCUCUAAAAGCAGUGAUGGGUUUGCCAAGCCACAAAUGUUUGAGAAUCAAAAAAUGGUCCCUCUUAAGAAAGGGUUUACUCUGUUAAUCCUUAAAAGUGGACGUAACAAGCUCAUUGUUGAUACUAAAAGCCAGAAGACGCCUACUGUGUUUGUUCGUAAAACUCUGACCGAGCUGUAUGGAGAAGAUCAACUGAGCCAAAUGACAGCAUUAGGCCGGAAAAGGGAUAAACUGGGGAUAUCGCCUCAUGACCUCAAUGCUAUUUAUGGAUUUGUAAAUGAUCAUUGCAAUGAUAAGAUAACUUGGAAAGAAUUCAUUACCUGCAUUAACAAAAAGUGCGGGUCUAUCAAAAGUCCAUUAGAUUCUUCCAAGUCCAAAAAGGCAUCAAGUACCAAAUCCAUUAAAUCACCCAAGAAAACUGUGGGUUCUAGCUCUCCCAAAAAAUCACCUCUAAAAAGUGUAGGAUCUAACACUCCUAAAAAAUCUCCUAGGAAAGUCAAUUUGGGUCCCAUCACACCAAAGAAAACUCCUAAUAAGACUCCAGCUGAACAGUUUAUUGUGACAGAUAUUGGACCUGCCCCUCCAACAGCAACUGUGGUUCCCAAUGCUUCUGAUGCCCCCAUGCCAUCCAUGCCACAAUCACAGCAGUGGCUUUGGCCAACCCAACGCCAGAAUGCAAUUCCUAAUCAACAAGCUGCAGUCCAUCAUCUUUCUGCUCCAACAUAUCCUGAGCCCUCUGCAGCUCAACCUGUGUAUCAGCAACAGCAAUCCAACUAUUCUCACUAUUAUCAACAAAAUUACCCUCAACAGACAUUCCAUGCGCCGCCAGAGUCAUAUUAUCCCCAAUAUCCCGGGUGGGAUGAUAGGCAGUCUUCCAAUGGCAACGGCUAUUAACUUUGUUACGACUCAUUUUAGUUUGACGACCUGGCUUUGUACUAUUGUUCUACGGUUUUGAAUUG